GUCCUAGUGAAGGAGGAAGAUAGAUUGGCCACAGUUAUAGCAUCAAUCAAUUACGAUGUCUCGAUCGUACCAAGAGCAGCAUUUCUUAGAGCUGCAAAUGGUGACAUCUAUGCAAACAGAAGUUUUGAAGGUAGUUAGGCCACUCCAAAUAACUAAAUUAGACAUUAGUUUGAUUCCUGUCCUUCGCCCGCAUCUCCUAGAACUGGCCGCAUAUUUGUCCAUUAUUGCUAGUAUUAUUAUUCCAUUAAUAUCAGUAAUUUGAUCUUUAUGACUAAAAAUAACGAAAAUCCAUAGUUUUCAGCCGCGAAGAAAUUCGCCCUUCGAGUGUUUGAUCGAUUGCAUAUUAAAAUCAUUAUGGCAGAUAGGUGGCAUGUGGUUCAAUUCAGCUAGCUUGGAACUGUUUGAGAAAAGUAGCCAGAAACAACGAAAAUUGAGGAAAUCUUGUCAUGUUAUGUAUGAUUUUUAAUUCGACAAUUUAGUGACAAAUGCAAAAUUCGAGGUUUGAUGAUGAUCAUGACAACUGAUUGUCCACAAUUUUACCUAGACUAGUAGAAUAUAUGGAUGCAAAAUUGUUAAGGUUACACCUUACUAUCAAAUAUAUUUAUAUCUAACUUUACUAACUUCCCGACCAAUUAGCUGAAGUUGAGAGGACUGGGGACGAGUGCUAAAAAGUGCCCAAAUUAAGAAAUGAACCAAAUAACUAAAAAGACCACCUCAAAAUUAGUAAGUAUACAAAGUUUGAAGACGUUUACCCUUCAAAUAAUAAGCUUUCGAAAAUUGUCAAAUUACUGAUUAAAACUAAGAUUGUUUUUUGGGACGCGCGUUCCCAAAACAAAAAUUACAAUACAUUUCAUAGUAAAUAUCACGAUUUUCGAAAGCUUAUUAUUCGAUGGAUAUUCAUGUAAACGUCUUCAAACUUUGUACACUUACUAAUUUUGAGGUGGUCUCAGUUUAAUUUGGGCACUUUAUUUUGAGCAAGAAAAAGCAGUUUUACAUCCACGUUGAAAUUAAUAUUGUUUCUUGCAAUCUGAUGCAUGAAUCGCAUGAUCGUACGAAUCGCAUCAACUCAAGAGCUGUAAUUACUAAUUUCACAUUUUUCAUAAGCCUGAUUUCCAUAUGGGGCCAAAAAAAAUAUGUGGGUUUCCGGUUUCUUCUUAUAAAAACUUAGGUAGGGUAGGUCGGUUUUAACUUUUUUUUUAACUUUUUUUUUUAAUUUUCCGAAUAAGCGGACGCCAUUUUGUUUAGUCAGUGCUUCCACAUCCAAAGAUAAAUUUCCCCAAUAUUGCCUCAAAAUUCAAUUUUCCACAAAGUUUUUCCUCUAAGUGGAAACACUUACAAGCAUGAUCCAAUAAAAAAGUUUAGGGUCGGGAUUUCGACGUCCAAAAGCUAGGUAGGGUCGGGAAACCGGAAACCCACAUAUUUUUUUUUUGGCCUGGUGGUAAAAUUGAGUCACGAUCUUUCUUAUCAGCCGAAAUGCAACAUUUUAGAACUGAAAAUACGCGGAGUGAUUAUAACUAGACGGAAUACUUGUGAUUUAUAUGUGGUUCACAGGUAUCAACUAUUAUAAACUGGCCGCUGAGAAUAGCGUGACUUUUACGACCAUCAGGGCCAUAUGGAAACCAGGCUAAUAGGCUAUAGGCAUAUGUAGCGCGGUAGUGUAGAGCGUGCAGUAGUAAAAAAAUUCUGUUGAGCCAAAAUUUGUCAAAUUACGUAAUGUCACAGGGUUCGUAGCGGUCUUUGAAAUCCUUGGAAGUCUUUAAAUUUGAAUGCAGGUCUUUCAGGUCUUUGAAAAGUCUUUCAAUUGUGUGAAAAAGCGAAGAGUCUUGAAAAGUCUUUAAAUUCUUUAGUGCAUGAGUAUUUGAUUAUACCAUUUAUAUAUGAUUUCCUAGCUAAUAAAAUAGAUUUAUUGAAGCAAGAUUGUCGCAAAUAUCGAUGAAAAGUCGCAUUUUAGGAUGUGAUAUUUGACAUGACUAAUUACUGGGUAAAAAUGGUGCUUACACUUGCAAUUUUUCGAUAGCUGAUUGCUCUCCGGAGGUCUUUGAAAAGUCUUUGAAAAUAGGCAGAAAAAAUCUUUGAAAGUCUUUGAAUUUUUUGGGUCUUGGAGCUAGACUAUAAGGUUGUAGUCUUCUGAAGUGAUUGGAUCUGUCUAGUGUCCCCAUGCAGGCUUUUAUUUAAACAUACUGUCUUGACGAACUGCUUUUUACCUUAUAUAUGGUUUAUUUAUUUUAAGGACUUUCAACCGCCGAUGCAGGGAAACUAUGUUGUUAUUUUCAUUUCCGCGAACCAAUACUUUUGAACCAGAAAACUCUUCUACAAAAGGUAUGAAGUCUCUCCAUAAAGUUUCUUUACCAAAAAUUCCAUCAAUGUUUAAGCGAGCUGGUCUAAUGGAGAAUGAGAGUCCAGACUAGCGAGAGUUUGCAUGGGAGUUGUCUCAACUCUGGUGAUAAAGCACAAAGAGGUGUAUGAGAGUUGAUGAAUAUAUUACAGUACCACGCGCGUGAAAUUUUGAACCAGCUCAAGAUUGAAAAAAAUGCAUCCAUGAGAGUUGGUUGUUUCCCGGGUUAAAUGCGAGCGAGAGUUGCAACCAACUCUCAGUUCUUAAUUACUUUAAUCCCCGUUUGCAUGACCGCAUUUCAAUUCACAGUCAGAAUGGUUCUUGUAGUUUAGUGCUAUUCUCAAUAAGAGAAGCAAUUUUCAAACAAACCGAGUAAUUAUAUAUUAAAGGGAAAUGGCAAUAUAUUUUUUUAUUUUUUCAUUUGAAAGAACUUUUGAAACUAUUUAAUAACUUCUUUUACCGAUUCUUCAUAUCUUGCUUAGUUCUUGAAAUAUUUUCACUUGAAGUAAUGAGAUGUCAGCCAUCUUGGAUAAUUUUUUUAUCUCAUUAACGGUAGUUUUGGUGACGUCACAACAGGGAUUAACCAUAUAAAAGUAUUCGCUGUUGACCGAAUAUUGAUUGGUAGAUGUUUUAAAGGUUUCAAGUGAUCUUGAUAUUUCCAAGGGCAUACGGAGUAUAAUUUUGAGUGCAAAAUAAUUAGUGGUUGUCUAGAUAAAAAUAUUGCAUGACCCCUAUUGUGACGUAACAUGCAUAUCUACAAAAAUCCAAGAUGGCGGACAUUUCAUUUCUUUCGAUUAAAAUAUUUGUAGAAGUAAGCAAGAUAUGAAAAAACGCUAAAAGAGUUUUAUAUAUGGUUUUAAAUGUUCUUUCAAACGAAAAAAUAAAAAAAUAUAUUGCCAUUUCCCUUUAACUAGUUAAUAUGUUUAAUUUUCUAGGCCUCUCUGGACAAAUCUAUUGAUUUCUUGGAUCCAAUCGAUGCUGAUAUCCCAAAAGGAGGUUGGUAAAAUUCUCAAUGUUGGAGAAUGUUGCACACAGGCCUUAAAAUAUCGGUCGGUCACGGACAUUGUCCGACCCAUUCGUGAAAUUGUUUGUCCGACCCAAGUGUAUUGGUGUCCGACCGAAUGUAGCUUUAUCAGACGUAUAAAUCAAAAUGUACCCUAGCCCAAGACUAGAGGCUUGUAUGUUAAAUGGAAAAUCAGAGUACUAUUGUAUAAUAGGUCAACUGGAAAUGUGUUUUUUUUAACGUAGUCGAGCGCAGGACGGCGAGCGAAAUGAUAAAGUGGAAAACGGGCUUACUGUCGUUCCAAUUGAAGUGUUGCUGAAAUAUUGAUUCAAUACAUUACCUCGGGCUGACCAAUUCAUUUCAUCAAGUUCCUCGAGAUAUUCAUACACUUCCUAGUAUAAUUGUAAACUUCCUGUUGAAUAGUUUGAAUGCACCAAUCACCUUUGGUUGUUUGUGCAACUAACCAAUCAUAAAUAGAAAGGAAGUGACCAGAAAUGAUCAAAUACUUGGAAUUGGCUCUUUCACAGGAAGUGUAUGAAUAUGUCGAGGAACUUGAUCAAAUGAAUUGGUCAGCCCGAGGUAAUGUAUUGAAUCAAUAUUUCAGCAACACUUCAAUUGGAACGACAGUAAGUUGUCGAAGUCUUUUUGAUACUGCUGUUCUGCAAAGCAAGUUAAUUUUGGCUUGGAAAUAAGUAUGAAAGAAACAAAUUCUUUAAUAUCUUUACAGCAUUUACCGUUUAUUCAUUUGUGUCAUUCAGACUUAUUUCGAGUCAAAACUGAACUGAAGGUCAUCGGACAUACAGUAUGUCCGACCCAAACUCAACGUCACCGGACAUUUUGUCAGACGGCCCUGGAAAAGAUAUUUUAAGGCCUGCUGCACAAUGUACAGGGGCGGAUCCAGCCAAAAAUCUGACCGUAGCAUUUUCCCAGACCUCGCAUAGCUAGGGGGGUCCGGGGGCAUGCCCCCCCGAAAAUUUUUUGAAAUUUGAAGCCCGGAAAUGCCAUUUCCUGCGUUCUGAGCACUGCAUGUGACUAUUAAAUUUGUCCUUAUUGUAUUCAUUUCUCAAGCAAAAAUAAGCCGAAAUGAUCUCAAAAUGUAAACUAUUGCUCGCGUAUAUUUUAACAUACGAUAUCGGCAUGAUAGUCGUAUCAUACGCAUAUUAUUAUCAAUUGAAUACCGAAAUGCGCGUAUCAUCUACGAACGCGUGUAUCAUACGAAUACGCAUAUCAUAUGAACGCGCGUAUGAUAUGAAUACGCGUAUCUUACGAAUAUAUAUAUACGCAUUACAAACAAAUAUUAGCGCGCUAUAAAACACGAUAUAUAUACGCGCGUAUCAUAAUUCGCGUAUUAAUUCCAAUACAUGCAGGUAUACUGUACAUACGCGCACAAACACUUUAAUAAAGCGAAGUUAAUAGCGAACUAUACUAUACUGAAUACAGUAAAAACUCAAAUUAAAAUAUAAUGUGCAUCUCUUAUCAUUCAUAAGGCUUACCUGACUGGAAAUGAUUCGUUUUACUAUCUGAUUUUAUUUCUACCUCGACGCAUAUAAAUCCUUUAGCUUUACGACGGCUUUCAUUUCGAAAUGCGCACAACCGUACUGUGGGUUCCCAAUAUCAUGUUGUUGAUGAGCCAAACACAAAUAUCAGAUAUUCCAUCGUUCUGGAGCAGUAGCCAAUUUCAUGCCACCGUAGCAAACUAUAGCAUUUGCCCCAUUCCGAUUGGUUUGCUACGUUUGACCGUAGCAAACCAAUCAGAAUGCCGUAUAUGCCAAUUUUCGCUACGGUCAGAUUCGACUUUAAUGAAUCUGACCGUAGCGAAAAUUGAUCAUAUAUGGGCAACACGCUACGGUGUAUUUCUGAAGGAUGAUAUUUUCUAAGCUAUAGUCCAUUGCGUAAUGACCCGCAAACAGGCAAUUACAACCGUAUUUUCGGGCGGGAAUUCUUAAAACAAUUAACGUUACGUAUUAUAAAUGUCAUCAAUUUGUCAAAAUAAAAUGUUUUAGAACAUAUAAAACUAAAUAAAAUAAAACCUUGAAAUAUAAACAAGGAAAGUAAACAAAAUAUUGCUAAAUUAUAUUUUAGAUUGAUUUUAUGACCCAUGUUAGAACUGGCCUAUGGAAAAUCUGACCGUAGCAUAUGCUAUAGUUGCAACGGUCUAAAUCCGCCCCUGAUGUAACCCGAUUGCAUCCAAAAUAGUGAGCUUAAUUAAGCAAGCUACGUUUUUCAGUUUCAACAGGGACGUCACCCGAAAAUUGGUAUAACUAAUUUUGGCGGCAUUUUGCAUCAUACUAUCAUAGCAUUCGUGUAAGGAAGCGAAACAUUUUAAAAUCUUAUGUUUUGUCAUUCCCCUCUACCAUCUCACGUCCGUAUUGACAAAAACGUCGCCUGCAUGCUUCCGCUCCCUAAAGUUAGAUAAUGUUGGACCAACGUGUUGGUCUUGUUUGAACAAGCCUUAAUAUAAGUUAUGAAACUUUUAAUUACAAUGCCGGUCCCGUAUUGUAUUGUAUUGUAUUGUAUUGUAUUAUUGAUUUGAUCGAUCUAACUCCAUGGCCGGAUUUUGAAGGGAGGUGUGGGAAGAUAUGGGCACCUCCCCUGAGAUGUUUUGCACCUCCCCUAAAACGCCAUAAACCUCCCCUCAGUGGGAAAGAUUACUGUCGUUCCAAUUGAAGUGUUGCUCAAAUAUUGAUUCAAUACAUUACCUCGGGCUGACCAAUUCAUUUGAUCAAGUUCCUCGAGAUAUUCAUACACUUCCUGUGAAAGAGCCAAUUCCAAGUAUUUGAUCAUUUCUGGUCACUUCCUUUCUAUUUAUGAUUGGUUAGUUGCACAAACAACAAAGGUGAUUGGUGCAUUCAAACUAUUCAACAGGAAGUUCACAAUUAUACAAGGAAGUGUAUGAAUAUCUCGAGGAACUUGAUGAAAUGAAUUGGUCAGCCCGAGGUAAUGUAUUGAAUCAAUAUUUGAGCAACACUUCAAUUGGACCAAAGUUAAUUUUUUUCAUAUGCGUUUCUUAGAGUCUACAUUUUGAAAAAACUCAGGCCUUAAAAUAUCUUUUACAAGGCCGUCUGACAAAAUGUCCGGUGACGUUGAGUUUGGGUCGGACAUAUGUCCGAUGACCUUCGGUUCAGUUUUUGCUCGGAAAUAAGUCUGAAUGACACAAUGAAUAAACGGUAAAUGUUGUAAAGAUAUUAAAUAAUUUGUUUCUUUCAUAUUUAUUUCCAAGCCAAAAUUAGCUUGCUUGCCAGAACAGCAGUGUUAAAAAAGACUUCGACAACUUAAGCCCGUUUUCCACUUCACCAUUUCGCUCGCCGCCCGCGCUCGACUACAUUAAAACAACAUUUCCAGUUCACCUUUUAUACAAUAGUAUUCUGAUUUUCCAUUUAACAUUUUGAUUUACGUCGGACAAAGCUACAGUUCGGUCGGACACCAAUUCACUUGGGUCGGACAAACAAUAAACCUUAGUUUCACUUUGUUCGGACAGAAUGUCCGGUGGUUUCCUCUCUACGUCGGACAAUUUCACGAAUGGGUCGGACAAUGUCCGUGACCGACCGAUAUUUUAAGGCCUGAAAAACUGAUAACCAUUCAUCAUCUCUGUAUCAAGUGCCUUUUACUGGAAUAUUUCGAAAUAAACCUUGUAGUAAUGUGAUGAAGAGCAAUAUUGGAUAAUAAUAUUUAAUAUUUAUAUUGCGCAAAUUAACAUGUUAUAGUAUAUGAUCAAAUGCACAAAAAUAUGAGCCGUACAUAAAAUCAUAAAUUAUGAGUCGUACAGUCAUAAUUCAUAAAUACACUGAUACAUAUGUACAUUACACGCAUACGCCAUGCAUGUAGUAAACUUUAACAGGGGGCUACAUUCUAAGUCCUGCCCAUUCCAUGGUGGCCUUGGGCUAGACGCUGCACCUCCCCUAAAUAUAUUUCCACCUGCCCCAGCAAUUCCACCUGCAAAAUCCGGCCUUGUCUAAUUCCUCCCAUAUGUGAGCCAGAGAACGAGUGAUUUCGUUAUUUCUUUGUAAUCCAGGUUCAUGGAGUGUACAGUACGAGAAAGGCUGUGGUCUGGUUACACUGCGAAGUUUACACUGGCUUGGUUUUAUAUUUUAUCACGUACCAGAGACCAGGAAGUUUGGCUGUGUCUAUGUUGGCACUGGAGAGAAGAAUUUGGAUUUACCAUUCAUGUUAUAAGUUAACAUUUCAUACGUUGCACAGUAUAUAAGUAUCUGCAAUAGAUGUUUCAACUAUAUUGUAAUGUACAGUAAUAUGGAAAUGCGAAUGUCAGGCAUAGUUUGUGUAAAUAAACAUUGUUUAGAAUAGUCUGGACGAAGUGUAAUGAAAUACAUCCUGCAUUAUUUUUGCCAUACAAUGUUGGACACUAGCAACAAUGAUUUUACAACUUUAAAAGCCUCAAUUGACCAUUUGAGUAACAGACUAAAUUUUGAUCCAAAUAAAUUUAGACAAAAAUUUCAUCACAGCUUGAACGAGCAUCACAAAAUUAGUAAUAUUCCAAAAUUUCGUUGCGAAAUGUUGUAAAAUGCGGAUAAUAUAGCCUUGCAAAGUUUUCAAAUUUCAGUCAUUUUAGAUUACAACGGGAAAUUGACAGCCUCAAAGCGUAUCGGGCUGUCAAUUUCCCCAAAUGACUAAAAUGACUAUAUUAUCCGCAUUUUACAACAUUUCGCAACGAAACUUUGGAACAUUACUAAUGUUGUGAUGCUCUUUCAGGCUGUGAUGAAGUUUUUGUCUAGAUCAAAAUUUAGUCUAUUACGCAAAUGGUCAAUUGCUACUGUAGACUGUUUUAUACUAAAUGUUCACUGAAUUUAAAGACAAUGGCUGAGAUUUUCUUGACUUGUAGAAAUACGAGAAUACAAUGUUGUCACCCUAAAUUCGCACGCCCUAUAUACGAUAUAUAUACUCAGCAAAAUGUCCGCCUCUGUUUACACCUAAAGUUAAGGUAUACAAUUGAAGUUAUUAAUACCAUCAUGAUAAGUUCUUUGUAUGUUUGCAUGGCGAUAAAACCCUAUAUCUAUUCUGUGGAUAAAACAUAUAAUAGUUUUGUUCGUGGAAACACCACGUAAAUAACAGUAAUAAAAUUUACGUGGUGCUCCACAAACAAAACUAUUAUACCGUCAUGAUAGUUAAUUGGAAAAUAAACAUGACUCGUUGUUUUGUUCACUUUCACGGAAAUCUGUACACUUUGACCAAAUCAAGCCAUCAUCCAAUAGUGAUCGCUGGCUUCGAUAAGGAAUUGCUGAAAUAUCAAUAAACCAAAAAUACAGGUGUUGUGCAUAUUCACGUCCGUUUCAGCAUUACCAUGCAGUAGUACAUCUUACAACUCUAUCAAUACUGAAAAUAUCUACUGUAUUAUGGGCACCAAGAGCAUCAACAAAAUUUUCCAAUAAACACUGGAUUGCUGUAAAUUAAAAUGAACUUAAUAAACGAUAUAUAUGUUUAAAUAAAUAACUUAUUCGGUUUGCAAUGGACAACUUGCAUGUUAGACUAAAUUUUAAUCUAAGUAAAGAGAAGGGAAUAAAACACAACAGUUAAAAAGAAAAUAAUGAAAUUAGUAAUUAAAUAGCAAAAUUUGGUUGCGAAAUGUUGUAAAAUGCAGAAAAUAUAGCCUUGCGAAGUUUGCAUAUUUUCAGUAUAUUUGUAUUACGUGCGGAAAUUGUUACCAUUUUCGGCUCGAAAAUGGUAACAAUUUUCGCACGUAAUACAAAAUGACUGAAAAUUGCAAACUUCGCAAGGCUAUAUUUUCUGCAUUUUACAACAUUUCGCAACCCAAAUUUUGGAAUUUUGCUGAUUUUAAUAAGUUCUUUACGGGAAUUUACUUUCUUUUGCCGAAAUCAAAAAUCUGUCUAACAUGCAAGUUGUCUAUUUAUUCACAUUUGCAUAUAGUGUUACUGUCGCUGGUCAGAUCUUUUCGCGACCACAUGGUCGUGUAGAGUAAUUGGCAUCAACUAUUAUGUGACCAGAAGCUGAUUGAUGUCAUCAUUGCAUUAACAAAAUGUAAGUUCUACGUCGUUACAUUUUCUUUGUGUAUCAGUGCUGGAGGCUUUCUUGGGAUCAAUCC